UUGAUUAUUUGUGAUUUAUGGUUUGUGGUUCCUUUUGUGUUCACGUUUUUAUUUUAAAUAAUAAUUAGAAAUUUAAUUAUACGAAGUGAAUAUUAUUUUUAUAGGAUUUUUUCCAUAUUCGUUAUAUAAUAAUUACACAUUCAUUGUGCAAACUGUGUAGUGCUUCCGUGAAUCGAGAACAUUUUAAUUGAAAAUGGCAUCGGAAAUUCUAACUUCGCCAGGGACGGAAAUUAGAGAGAAUUUGUUUCAGGUAACCACAGCAAUCAAGUUCCUAUCAAACCCCAGCGUCCAGCGGUGUACGAUGGAGAGCAAGGAGCGGUUCCUACGCAGCAAAGGACUCUCCGACGCAGAGAUCCAUAGAGCCAUAGAGAAAUGUGGCGAAGUACUCGACGUCCCAUCACUAGCGUCCGAACUGAUGUUGUUCAAUCAUUCGAGGCGAUCCUGGUUCAGAGAGAGGAUAUUACCACUUAUUGUUUAUGGUGGAUUUAUAUAUGGCUGCUAUUGGUUUUAUAAGAAUUGCAUACGUCACCUUCUAUUCGUGGAGCCGCCGAAACGAAAGACCUCGAUAGAGUGCAUGGACGAAAUAAGGAAGUGUUUGGAUGUGAUGAACGCGAGCAUCACUUCCCUGCGCGGCGAGGUCCAGGCGUGCGUGAAGCAGAGCGCGCUGCGGACGCAACUGGACGCGUUGAAGGACGACAUUGCGUCCGUCAAAGGAAUUAUGCUCAAUAGAAACCAAUUCCCAGCACUGAAGACGAGAACGGAGCCACCUUCCAUACCGGCGUGGCAGCGGCAGUCAGAAGAGGCCACGUCCACAGAAGUCGCAGAAGAGAAGAAGAAGCCACACAGAAGUAGGAGCCAGCGCUCGGAGUCCGGCGGCUCCAACUCCAGCGAGGGAGAGCAGGCCACCAAGAACAGUGACAGCAGUUUGGAGAUCAUAACAUAAAACUCCUCGCGUCGCGUACAAAACUCGGCUACUGCACACUGGUGUUAAUUGUUGGACGAUAUUAAUUUUUAUGGUUGUUUUGUUUUAAUAGUUAGUUAUUAUCAAAUUGUGUGCUAUUUUUAUUUUUAACUUGCCUUACCUAAUUACCUUGUUAAUGUGAAACUUGUUUAGGUUUUGUAGAAGUUAAUUAGUGUCUAAUUAAUUCAGAGAACUUUAUACAAUUAAAUACAAAUUUUGGUACCUAUUUCAAAAAGUAGAUUUUUGCAAUCAGUUACUUAGCUACUUACAGUUUUGUGGAAUGACAAAAUACGUCAUUUAAAAAAACGUUGAAAGAAAUAUUGGGUUCCUUCCUUACAUGCAAAGUGAGGAUGAAUUUUUUAUCAUCGAUCCUAUGGUGUGAGUUAUCGGUAUUUUAGUGCAUUACAUAAGGGAUUAAAGUGCGUAACUUACUUAAUGUACGGAACCCUACCCUGCGCGUAGCCCGACACGCACUUGGCUGUUUUUUCUCUCUGAAUCUUUAUAUAGUAUCGACAUUCGAGCAGGGAAAGAUAAAGGAGGAUCCAUUGAAAUCGGUCCAGCCGUUCCAUUCCAUUUAUUAGCCCGGACAAACAGACAGACAAUAUUUUUAAAAAAGCUUGCUUGUGUUUUGGUAUCAUGUAAAUACACUGUUGUAUUGAAAUAACAAACCAGCACUUUAGUUUUAUUUAUAUUUAUUGAUUAUGGAUAUCACUCACAAUAGUUUAAAGGAGGAUGGCGAAAGUGGGAGUCACACUCAGAAGUGUGGUACACUCAUACAUUUGUGUUAAUUAAAACCAUUAUUUUAUAAGAUGCUUGUAAAAAAAAUAUUCAGAUUUUACAGAACGGGAAUCAAGAAUACUUCUAUACUUAGCAUAGUUAAAUUGUUCUACUUGUUGCCUGAGACCGAAACACCUAGUCGUAUUUAUAAAGCAAUCACGCAGUUGUUUUUCAGUAUAAAAUUCACAUUUAUUCGUAUGCAUAGAUAGGUUACCUUCUAAUUUUAAGGUAUAUCUUUUUUCUACCUGCUUUUCAAGAUUGGUUACCAUUUGCUUUUUUCUUAGUUUAAUCACGAUUGACUACUAUUAAUGGGUUUCCAUUAUGUACGCUACUUCUAUCUGCUAGUCCCAAAAUACAUGCAACCUCCAAAAUACAUCCAUUCUCCUUUUAAUAUAACUUAAACAAGUUUCACUUUUGCUGGCUGUAGACCUGUAGUUUUAACUAUACAGUUUUAUCUGAUGAUAUAUCGAUUAAAUAGAUAGUUAAACUGAACAGUAAAGUUUUUAGUUUUUCUUACGUACAGUUGAAAAACUCUGAUCUGUAGCCCGUAAUAUACUGCGUGAUGUUAUUAUAUAGAGCAGAGGUAAAGAGAAAUGUCUUUAAUUCGGGGAAACCGGUACUAUAUCUAUGGCUAUAUCGCUUGUUGGCACGUCUUUGCCGGUAGGGUGGUCACUAGUUACGACCGAUGCCUAACACCAGACCAGACCUCAGCCAAUUUAGAAAAUAAAAUUCUGAAUUGCCCCGAGCUUGGAAUAGAAUCCAGAACCUUUCAAUUGAACUAUUACUACUGCGCCAGACAGGUCAAACUUGCACUUACUAUAUAGAUUUGUCAUUACCACUGCCCAUCGUGAGUGCGAGUAUUUUAAUCAAUAUUAUUUUAUUAUGUUCCUACAAAGACAGGUAUGCUUGACAGCUUUUAGACGAAAAUAUAUACCGAUUUCCGACAUAUUUCUUCAAUGAAUUUGUCUAAAAAACAAUAUCCCAUUAAACCUAAUUUAGAUUAAAGAAUGUAGUUUGUAAAUAGAGUGAUUUUAGUCUUCUUCUAAUAGCGAUUUUAUUAUUUGAAUGAAUACAAAAAUAAUGUAUAUAUAUACUGAUUAUUUACACUCUGGGCAAAGAGAAGAAGAGAUUUAUGAAUAUAUAUUAAUGAGGUCGAUAAUACAUUAUUCAUUGAAUUAAAACAUAAUAAUAUGUAAAAUAAAAUAAUUUUGACUUUCAUAUAAUAAAAUAUUCUAGAAAAAGAUAUUAUUGAUAUUUUUUAGAUUCAAAUGUCAUAUUUUUUAAAUUAAAUUGUCAGAAUUUUAUUUUAUAUUUAUUAUGAAGUCACAUAAUUACAGUAGAUUAUAUACAUGGUGCGGGUGACAGUUGCCUUAUUACGUUCACAAUACGUACUAAUAUCGUGAAUCGCGACAAAAUUUCAAGAGUGAAACGAACUGUCACCCGUACCAUGCUAUAGCGCACGAACUGUAGUAAAAUAAAACCAAACUUAUUAUAUUUUUACUAUCUGUAUUAUUCGUAUUUGUUAAUUCAAGUUUAUUUUACUGACGAAAUGGUUUUUCGCCAUAGAAAAGUACAAACACUUCAAAAAUAUAUGGCUAGUAGGCUCUUCGAUUUUAUAAUUAUUUUUAUUUCAUAGUCCAAGAGCCUGACAUGUUUAAGUUAAUUUGUCGAUAAGCCAGUUUUCUGUCUUGCAUGAAAUGUGUUGAAAAUAUAUUUUAUUUAUAUUUAAAUAUUCUUAAUGUUUUGACGAAAAAUGUCUUCAAUAUCAUAUUGGGUUCUUCCAUAUUUUUUAGUAAUAUUUUUAAGAAUGAAUGUACAAUGACAAUCGUUAGAUAAUAUUAUAUACAUAUAAUAUGUAUAUAAAUAGUUAUUAUAAUAUGUAGUAACUUGGUAUUAAUUUAUUGGGUUUUUUUUGUUUGUAUCCAUUUAUGGGUAAAGUUGAUGGAUUUUUUUAUUAUAUAAAUAUGUGUAUGUGUGGAAUGAUAAAAUAAUAAUGUUAUUAAUGACGCGCAAGAUGGUGGUGAAGGAGAGUUAGCAAUCAAAAGUUAACUUGUUGAAAAAUAAAAAUGACAUAUGUGUUAGUGUGAAGAAGAUGAAAUUACUGUGUUCAUUUUGUGGGAGUAAGGGCCUGUUCACACCGCAUUUUUAAACGCGCCGUUGACGCGCGUUUUUAAACGCGCCGUUGACGCGCGUUUUAGAAACAUGCGUCGAUGGCGCGUUUUUAUCCUAUACAGAGCAGUUUCAGAGGGCCUAGUGGCAGUUUGAUACUGUUACUGUCACGUAACGUAAACGCGAAUUUCUAAGGAAUUGAAACAGCGCCAUCUAGUGGCACUCCUUCACAACUGUUUCAAUUCAAUAUAAAUUUGCGUUUACAUCAACGUGAUAGUAACAGUAUGAAAAUAUUACACACAGAGCAGUUUCAGGUCGUCUGUAUACACACGCGCGUUAUCAUCGACGGCGCGUUUAAAAACGUGGUGUGCACAGACCCUAAAUUGUCCCGGGCGCGAUGUUAUUUAGAUUUUAACAUGUAAGAAGGUUGUAAAUGUACAGCAUUCCAAAAUCGUAUAUGUAUUAUAUUAAUUUGAAUUAACUGUGGGUGAUAAAUAAACCAAUGAUAACAAUACUA